AUGAUAGUCCGAGAAACUUGCAAAGUUUUAUGGGAAAUUUUACAACCGAUUGAAAUGGCAGAACCCACUACAAAUGACUGGCUUAAUAUAGCUAAAGGUUACUUUGAAAAGACGCAGUUCCCGAAUACUGUUGGUGCAGUAGAUGGAAAACAUAUAUGGAUUGAGUGCCCAAAAAGUAGUGGUUCGUUAUACUAUAAUUAUAAACAAUUUUUUUCACUGAUUCUAAUGGCUAUCUGUGACUCUAAUUAUUGCUUCCGAAUCAUCGAUGUAGGGUCAUUUGGUAAAGAAAGUGACUGCAAUGUGUUUAAGACGUCAACGUUUGGUAAAAAACUUUAUGGCGAUAAAUUAAACUUUCCACCUGAACAAUGUCUACUGAACGAUGAACUUGGUUCACCACAACCAUUUGUUCUCGUGGCCGAUGAAGCUUUAGCUCUUCACAAGAACCUAUUACGCCCGUUCCCAGGUAGAACCUUAAACGACAAAAGGAGAAUUUUUAAUUACCGUUUAUCGAGGGCCAGGCAAUACAUAGAAUGUACCUUUGGCAUCAUGUCUAAAAAAUGGCGAGUUUUUCAAGCAAAUAUUUUGGUUGAACCAGAUGCUGCAGUUGUAAUAACAAAAGCUUGUUGUGUGCUACACAAUUUUGUACGUCGUCGUGAUGGCUAUAGUGUUGAAGAUACCAUGAGUAGUUCCUGCAUGGCGAGUGUUCAAAAGGAGUAG